GUCUGGUAUCAGAUGCCUAGCUAGAUUGAAAUAAUACGGCCGGAGAAAGUGAGAGAGUGAACAACAAGCAUGGCCGCCGCCAGGUCUGGCUUUGAAGUAGGAGGAUACAGGUUAGUACGCUCAAUUGGAAGUGGAAGCUUUGGAGAAAUUUAUUUAGGUAUAAACAUCACUAACGGGGAGGAGGUUGCCGUUAAGCUUGAGCGUGUGACAGCUCGUAAUCCUCAGCUUUCGUAUGAGUCCAGGGUCUACAAGAUUCUCCAGGGUGGAGUCGGAAUACCACACAUACGUUGGUACGGACAGGAGAGGGACUACAAUGUGCUUGUGAUGGACCUGCUCGGUCCCUCCCUGGAGGACCUCUUCAACUUCUGCUCCAGGAGGUUCACCAUGAAGACUGUUCUAAUGUUGGCUGAUCAGAUGAUCGGUAGGAUCGAGUAUGUUCACAAGAAGAACUUUAUUCACAGGGAUUUAAAACCAGAAAACUUUGUGAUGGGUUUGAAAAGAAGUUUCAUUCUCCAUCUCAUUGAUUUUGGAUUAGCAAAGAAGUAUAUAGGUAGUACCCGGGAGCAUAUCCCGUACAGGGAAGACAAGAACCUGACCGGAACUGCGCGCUACGCCUCCACCAACGCGCAUCUUGGGAUUGAGCAGAGCAGACGCGAUGAUAUGGAGAGUUUGGGAUACGUUCUCAUGUACUUCAACAGAGGUUCCCUACCCUGGCAGGGGCUUAGAGGGGUCAAUAGCGCGCAAAAGUAUGAGAAGAUAUUAGAAAAAAAAAUGUCAACUCCAGUUGUGGUUCUCUGCAAGGAAUUUCCACCUGAGUUUGCUGCGUAUAUAAACUAUUGUCGUGCACUAAAGUUUGAAGAUGAACCGUCUUAUUUGGAUAUCAGGCAGCAUUUCAGAACCCUUUUCCGCUCCCUGAACCAUGGAUAUGACUUCAAAUUCGACUGGACAAUACUAAAGCAAAAGAUGACUGCAAGGCCCAGCAUGCACUGUGGACGCAGGAACCACUGUAGUGAGUUGAAACCCAUUCAGGAGGAAAUUAUGCCAAAUGAAACUGGUAAAAUCCUAAGGAACCACUGUAGUGAGUUGAAACCCAUUCAGAAGGAAAUUAUGCCAAAUGGUAGAAUCCUAAGGUAAAAGUCUUGCAGGCG